AUGGGUUUUAUGCUCUCGUUGAUCUUCCUCCUCUCGGCGGUGCUCAUGAUGGUCCAGUCGACCGCCUUUGACGAAGCCAACUGGGGUCGUUUCAGCAACCUUGGCGUUGAAGAGGAGAUGUAUGGUGACAAGAAUAUGAUGGAGUCAUGGAGUGGGCGUCGACAGCUCGAAGAUAGUGAGACCAUCAGUUAUGCAGCCCUAACGGCGGACAAGGUUCCAAUCAACAAUCGCGGUAUAUCUUAUUACAAUUGCGAGACUGGGCUGCUAAUCCUUACCGCCAUGCAUGGUUGCAGCUCCAUUACUGAUUGUGCGUCAACUCUUUUUACAUAA